AUGGCGAGCGGCGACACGCUGGACGACUUCGCCGGCAAACUCGGGGCCAUGGCCGCGCGUUUUGUAGGGCUCGGAUCGACGCUGGAAGAUGCAGCGAUGGUGAAAAAGCUGCUGGAUUGCAUCCCCGAUCGCCUGUACGCGGCGGUCGUCAGGAUGGAGCAGUUCUGCGACCUGGACACGCUGUUGUUCGACGACGAACUGGGGCGCCUGAAGGCCUUCGACGAACGGCUGCGACGGUGUGGACAGGUGGACGGGGAGCGAGCGGAUGGCGCGCUCAUGUUCACGGCGGCGCAGUGGCGGGCGCGCGAGCGGCAGCGGGGAGGUGCGCGGGACGAUGACGACACACAGAGCAAGGCGUCGGGCAACGGUGGCAACCGGCGUGGGCGCUGCUAUAAGUGCGGCGUACGCGGCCACUUCAAGCGGGAAUGCCCGCAGUGGAAGAAGGUGCCGCCGGCGAAGCGUGCCCUGCUGGUGGACGGAGACGUCGAGGACGCCGGGCUGCUCUGA